UCCACUGCGCGAGGGAAUACAGAAGCGGUUGGUCGCUUGGACCUUUCUUUCCUCCAUGGAUGGCAUGCUCGCAUUCAUUUCAUCGAGGGCGAUGUUGAGCAGCUCCGACGCUUGCGCGGCUGGUUUCGAUUCAGAAAACAAACGAGUGUUGAAUGAUCGGAGUAACAAUUUGUUGCUCCUGCUCGAGCUAGUAGGUAAAAGUUUCGAUUUUUACUGCGAAGUUUGUUCCUCGGAUCGAUCUCUAGGGCAUAAAAGAAAUCAUUUUUCGCCCCCGUCGCCGUCGUCCACAAGGUUCUCUUUUAUUCUUUUCACCCCUACAAUUGAAUCUAUCUGGUCCUUUGUCUGGUUUCUCUAAGUCGCUUUCAAUCUCCAAAACCCCAAUUUCUCCCCCCUGAGAUUGCAGAAAACCUAAUUCCGCCUGCGUUUGUUUCCUUCCCAAAUACUCCAUCCUCGCCGUGUUCCUCAGGUAUCUAUAAACCCUAACUUUUUUUUUCCCGUUCAGAAAGCCGCCAGAUCUAAAACCAGAGCAAAAAUCCCACCUUUCUUCUUCAUCUAGUUUCCUCCCGAUUCAGCUACAUGGCGAUGGAAGUGGAGGGUUGUGGCUCGUCCUGGACCAGAGACCAGGAAAAAGCAUUCGAGAAUGCGAUAGCAACCCACCCAGAGGGUUGCGGCGAGCGGUGGGAGAAAAUCGCAGCUGAUGUGCCUGGGAAAACCGUCGAAGAUGUGAAGGACCACUAUGACCUUCUAGUAGAGGAUGUCAAUCGCAUCCAGUCCGGUAGAGUCCCUCUGCCUUUCUACCCGUCUCCGUCAGAUGGUGCUGACCAUGCCACUGACGCCGGUGGCGGCGGCGUCGGGCACAGUGGGAAAGUAUCUCGGGCAGAACAAGAGCGCAGAAAGGGAAUAGCUUGGACUGAAGAUGAGCACAGAUUGUUUCUCCUCGGACUCGAUAAAUAUGGGAAAGGUGAUUGGAGGAGCAUUUCCCGCAACUUUGUAAUAUCAAGAACACCGACCCAAGUCGCAAGCCACGCACAAAAAUACUUCAUUCGGCUGAACUCAGUGAACAAGGAGCGCCGAAGGACCAGCAUUCACGACAUUACAAGCAUAGACAAUGGAGAUGUAUCAGCAGCUCAAGGGGCAAUCACCGGUCAUGUUAGUGGGUUGGCUAUGAAUACACUGAAGCCCAUCAAACAAUCGUCUCAGCCGUCAGGCACACCUCCGGCCGUGAAUGUGUAUAGAGCAACCAUCGGACAACCUGUUGCCGGCCUUCUCAUUCCAGCAGUAGGCACGCCAGUUAACCUCCCCGUUUACGGCUUGCGAGCUCCGGUUUCUGCAAGUGUAGUGUCUGGCGCCCCAAUGAACAUUCCACCGGCAACACAUAGAUAGUAUCAGCUGAAGGCAGGUUGUUCCUUGUAAUGCAUCUCGGUAGGUCGAUUAUUUCAAAAUAAAGGGAUAUACGUCGUUUUCGGUUUUCUAGUA